UAAACGUCGGCACAGUGUCAGCUACGAAUGUGUGUGACGUAGUUUCGGAGCGUAGAGGUUAUAGGCGUUCAGUGAUAGUACGAUACAAAGUAGACGCGACAAAUUUUAAUCCGUAGUGUUGUUGAUUGCGUUUGAUUUUUUUAUUAAUCAAGUACAGAUUGAUCUUUCUUAAUUUGCGCUCAAAAAUCCGAUAACAAUGGCUGAAGCUAAUAAUACUGAUUUGAAAAUCGACGACAGUGAAAACUAUGCCAUGGCUAAUGCCUCGAUGGAUCCAAAGAAUGUUCAAGAGUUGACAAAUUAUGUCCAAACCUUACUUGAAAACAUGCAGGACAAAUUUCAAGCAAUGUCAGAACAAAUCAUUGGAAGAAUAGAUGAAAUGGGCAAUAGGAUAGACGACUUGGAGAGGAGCAUUGGUGAUCUGAUGGCUCAAGCAGGAGUCGAAAGCGGCGGAAAUUAAUUGAAUUGAUGCUUGUUGAAUAAUGAGAAGAACAAUUUAAAAAACUGUAUUACUUUUUAUACCUAUUUGCACUAGGAUACUCAAUGUACAAACAAUUCUGCAUGUUUAGAAUCUGUAAUUGAAUAGAGAAUUUCAGAAAUUUUCUAAACGUCAUGAUUUUUACUCGAAUGAAAUUACUCAAUUUUUA